UGUUUGUCUUUGGAUCCGUCCGUUGUCGAUUGAUUGUUGCAAAUGCAAAGAAAUAAAUUGUUGGCGCCUUCAGUAACCGGCUUCCGUCAAGUUUUGUAAUUAGUGCUAAAAGGAACCCAAAACAAAAUUUAGUAAAGCUGCAGAGAAGGUGUAAAAAUGACAACGAAUGGAACAAAUACUACUGAAGACAUAGAAAUGGGUGAAUAUGACGGGGACAAGGUUGUGACAAUGUUGGAUGUUUUGCAAGAAGAACAGGACUUUGAAGAGGACGCUAAUGCCGUCCUUGGUGCCUCUGAUGAUAAAAAUUGUUCUUACAAUAAGGGUUAUAUAAAAAGGCAAGCAAUCUAUGCCUGUAUGACAUGUUGUUCUGAUGCUAAAGAUAAUCCCUUGAAGAGAGCUGGAGUAUGCUUGGCUUGCAGUUUGAUGUGCCAUGAGAAUCAUGAGUUGAUUGAAUUGUAUACUAAGAGAAACUUUCGCUGUGACUGUGGCAAUGCCAAGUUUAACUCACAUCCUUGUAAAUUCACUGCAAAUAAAGCUGACCUCAAUGAAGACAACAAAUACAAUCAGAACUACAGCGGAUUAUAUUGCACAUGCCAUAGACCUUAUCCUGACCCAGAAUCUACAUCAGAAGAUGAAAUGAUCCAAUGUAUUAUCUGUGAGGACUGGCUUCAUGCAUCUCAUUUAGAUGCAGUUGUCCCUGAUGAACCAUAUUCUGAAAUGAUUUGUAAAGAUUGCAUGGAGAAAAAUAGUUUUUUGCAUGAUUAUACCAGUUUAGCUAUAACAACUGAAAGUGUGGAUGUUGACAUUGUCAGCAGUAGUGGUGUUAACAACCUGUCUAAUGGCAUUUCAGGAAAUGAGGGAACAUCAAAAAAUACUGAAGAACAACAUGUUGAAGUGAUAAAUGAAGCAGAUCUAAACUUAAGUGAUCCAACUUGUAGGAAAGAUGUAUUGGCUGAGAGCAAAAAUGAGUCUGUAAUAAAUUCUAAAAGUGAUGUAAUGAAGGAUUCCGCAAAUGAACUAGAAAAAGUUAAAAGUGAAGAUGUAAGUAAUGAAACUUAUUCCAAUACAACACCAGAAAUUGAUGAAAAAGAAAAUUCUUGUAUUGCAACUUCAGAAGUCAAAACUGAGAAAGAUCAACAGACAGAAGAUAAUAUUACAAACAUAGUUCCAGAAAAUACCACAUUAAGUUCUGACCAGAAGGAAGAUGCAUGUGAAAGUAAACUUCCAAGUAAUAAGGAAUUAUCAAUCAAAGAAGAAAAGGAAGAGCCUACCCCACAAGACACAGAAGUAACCACUACAGACAAAGCUAACAGUACCAAAGAUGUGCCUAUUACAGAUGUUGAAUCUAAAGAUAUUAUUGACAAUGAUAUAAAAUUGGAAGAAGAGCUACUGAAAGAACCUACUGAUACAGAAGCACUUAGUGAACAAAAACAAGAAGAAAUUGAAAAAGAAAUAACAAAAUCCAAUAUUGAAAGCGACAAAAACCCAGUGACAGAUACAACCAAUGAAGCAGCCACGGACUCAAUAAAUAAACCAGUUAUAGAUUCUGCCAAUGAACCAGUUAUAGAUGGAGUCAAUGAACCAGUUAUGGAUGCAGUCAAUGAACCAGUUAUAGAUGGAGUCAAUGAACCAGUUAUGGAUACAACAAAUGAUUCAGUUGUGAAUACAACAAAUAAACCUAUGGAUACAAUCACUGAACCAUUGGCAGUUAAUGAAAACAUACCAGCUAACGAAACUGUAAAAGAUACGAAAGACGGAACAGAAAUGGAUGUUGAAAAGAAAAAAGAAAGUGAUUCAAGUAAAAUGGAGAUACAACAAACUGGCUCCGCAAAUCCUGAAACAAUCAGUGUACAAAAGAGUAAGUUUGAAUCUGUUAAUACAAUAGAACCUGACGAUAAGCAAGAUACAAUUACUGAAGAUGAUUCAAUGAAUAUUGAAGGAGACAGUACACAGACUGAAGGAAAUAAUUCUAUAAAAAUUGAACCUAAUACAGAAAGUAAUGUUGGGGAUGUUGAUGAAGCUAUUGCUAGUAGUAAUGAAAACAAAAGAAAGUUAACAGAGGAAGAAGGUAAAGAUGAUGGUGCAAAAAGGAUCAAACCUAAUGAGAGUAAAAGUUGUAUUAGACCAAAGGGAAUAAAAAGACACCUUACAGGAGCAACAUUCUGGCCUUCAAACUUCCGACAGAAACUCUGUACAUGCAAUGAGUGCCUUUCUAUGUACAAAGAUUUGUCUGUACUAUUUCUGAUAGACACAGAGGACACAGUGGCUGCAUAUGAAAUGUUAGGAAAAGAAAGAAGCAAUGGGAAUUCUCAGUAUGAAAAGGGUUUACAAGCUUUGUCCUCCCUUGAUCGCAUUCAACAAAUAAAUGCGGUCACCGAGUAUAACAAAUUGCGAGAGAAAUUGUCUGAUUUCUUAAAGACUUUUAUGCUCAAAAAGGAAAUUGUUAAAGAAGAGGAUAUAAAAGCUUUCUUUGCGGGCAUGAAACCAAAGCGGGAGCCAGACGGAGUAUAUUUCUGCAGAUAAAAUUUAUUGAUAAGUUUUUUUUAUAUUGUGAUUUAAUUCUUUACAAUUACUGUUUAAAUAUUCCUCCGCUUUUAGUACUUUCAUACUUGUUAAUGGAAAAGAUUAUAAAAUAAGUUACUUUAACAGUGUAUGUUUGUACUAUUUCAUUUUUUAGAUUUAAACAGUAAAUUAAUGAAAGUUUUAGUUGUCGUAUUUUAAAAAAUGA